AUGGCUCGUUCAAGAGGUUCAGCUAGAAGAGCAGCUCCAGUCCAAUCACGUUCUGCUUCUACCGUUGCUGCUCCCGCCCGCCAUGCUCCAGCUCCUCCAGUAAACUCAGCUUAUUCCAACCCACCUGCACAAGCUGCGCAGCCCCAACAACCAGGUCUAUUUGCUCAAAUGGCCUCCACUGCUGCCGGUGUUGCUGUCGGUUCCGCUGUUGGUCAUACCAUUGGUGCUGGCCUCACAGGUUUAUUUUCAGGUUCUGGCAGCAGUUCUGCGCCAGCUGAGGCUCAACCACAACAAAUGGCAUCUGCUGUUCCUACUCAGCAGACUUUCCAGGAGCAAGGUAAGCACUGUGAUGUCGAUGCUCGUAACUUCACACGUUGUUUGGAGGACAAUAACGGAAACUUCCAAAUCUGCGAUUAUUACUUGCAGCAGUUGAAGGCAUGUCAAGAAGCUUCUCGUCAAUAUUGA